AAGCCUCUUACCCAGAGACCUGGCAGCAGUGUCCCUCUCUGGAUUUGAACCUACAACCCUCUGCUUAUGCGUUUAGCUCCUUAGGUCCUUCAUUCUGCAGACCUGCAGUGUCAGAAUGUUCCUUCAUGAGUAAACUUCUAGUUAACGAUCAAUACUCUGUCUUUAGUUUCCCUGUGUGUGGACUGCCUGUUCUGAGGCUAAUGCUUUAAAUGGGGCUUUUGCCAGUGAAGAAAUAUGACAUGUUCAUGCUUUGCCUAGCAGAAAAGUGGCUCUUUGGGUGCUUUCCCUGGGCAUUACAUGUACAGUCCCAUUCUCUUCUAGUUUAUCAGUUAUUUCAGUAGAAAGAAAUAAUUUUCCCGCAUUCCUCUUCAGAUUUGAGUUCCUGUUGUUGCUUUUUGCCAGAGUUAAUGAGUUCAGUGUUCAUUAAUGUUUAUUAAAUGCAACCAGUGCAGUCAAAAAAGACCUCAGUCUAAUUUGUCUUAGAUUAGUACAUCCUUUCAUGUUGUAGAUGUUUAAAUUCUGCUACCUCAAUGACAGGCUAAAACGCAACUCUUAACGUGCGGAUGAGACAGGUGAUGUUUUUGCUGUGUAGUGCGUUAGAAAUGCAGUGCAUCAUAUUUUAAUUGCAUGUUUAAAAAUAUCCCGCUCUAGCAUUAAGUGGUUAAUGGUAAAAUGCUUAAUUUGGUUAAUUAAGUCUUCUCCGGAGUGCGUCAGAGCCUCAUGCAUGGUGAGGUAUAAGAGUGGUAAAACUCUGCUGGAGCUCAAAGGCGUUGGAAGCUGCAGCCGCAUCCAGAGCCGUCAUGCACCUGCUGUCGAGCCUGGUGCCUCUGGCUCUCCUCGUGUGGAGCCUCAAGUGUGCUGCUGCAGUGCCUAGCGAAGAGAGGCGAGCGCUGCAGAGCAAUGGGGGUUUGGCUAAAGAAAGGAAAGACGUGCUGCUGAAAGUUUUGUCGGGGCUGUUGGUUUCUAACCUGCUGAGGAAGGAGCAGUCCGCCGUGGAUUCGGAGCAGCUGAAGUCCUCGCUGAUGGGAGAGAGAUCCGUCUUUGGCCCGUCCGUGUCCCGAGAGAGGACCCCCUGCAAAAACUUCUUCUGGAAGACUUUCUCCUCGUGCUAGGGGGAGCGCUGAAGCUGUCUGACGUAGAAAUGCUUUUCCAGUUGGCGUUCUGUGGCAUGCAAGACUUACCAAUUAAAUGCAAAGAUGGGACCUUU